AGCAAAAGAAAUUGAAAACGCGUACACGUUCUACAUAAUCAUCAUCUAUAAAUUAUUAUAAUUCCAAUAACUAUAUCUCUAAGACAAAAUUCACUCAAAAUUCAACUACUCAAAGCAAUUUACAAUCAAUUUCUCGAAUCAUGACAGGCACAGGAGACGAAAAUCAACCCAAAUUUCAACAAUCAGAGUCUCAAAUACCUUGUGUUUCUUCAUCAUCUUCAGAUCCACAAGCACCAGAAAUGGAUCCCAAAAAAUGGGGUACCCAUAUUAUGGGUCCGCCUGCAGUUCCAACUUGUCAUCCAGACAAUCAGAAAGCUGCUUCAUGGAGAGCUGAGGAUCAAAGAGAAGAGUUUCAGCCACAGCCUUAUGUUGUUUAUUCCCCAAUUGAUAAGCCUAGCAAUAACCCACUUGAUUCGGUUGUUAAUGUGUUCAAUUCAUGGAGUAACAGAGCUGAGAACAUCGCGCGCAACAUUUGGUAUAAUCUGAAAGCUGGACCAUCAGUUACAGAAGCGGCAUGGGGAAAACUUAAUUUGACAGCCAAGGCGUUGACAGAGGGUGGAUUUGAGCCUCUUUACAAGCAGAUAUUUGGAGCAGAUCCUAAUGAACAGCUGAAAAAGACGUUUGCUUGUUAUCUUUCUACUGCGACUGGGCCUGUUGCUGGUACACUCUAUCUCUCAACUACUAAAGUCGCUUUUUGCAGCGAUCGGCCAUUAUCAUUCAAAGCUCCAUCUGGUCAGGAGGCCUGGAGCUACUACAAGGUAGCAGUACCGUUGGGAAAUAUUGGGACUAUAAACCCAAUAGUGAUGAAAGAGUCUCCACCAGAGAGGUACAUUCAGAUUGUUACCAUCGAUGGUCAUGAUUUCUGGUUCAUGGGGUUUGUGAAUUUUGAUAAAGCAAAACAUCAUCUUCUUGAAACUUUGUCAAUUUUUAGAGCCCAACCCCCUCAUCUCAAUCUGCAACAACCAGCUGCUUACUAGAAGCAUUGCCUGUACUCUGUUUUUUUUGUCUUUCCUGUUUGUUCCUAUAUAUAUUUGUAUUUCUUUUAUUGUAUCAUAUUCGGGAGUGUGGUUUGUUUUGAUGUAAAUAAAAACUCUUUGCGUUUUAAUUUAUUUGUCUGGUUUUGACUUGAUAUAGAA